AUGGGUCAGCUGGACUCGUUGCCUCGAGAACUUCUAUACUUGGUUCUCGAACAUUGCAGCUUUGACGACUGCAAAAAUCUACGCGCGACGUGCAGAUAUAUCAGCGGCCUGUCCAAUCCGCGAGUAUUCCAAACGUAUUAUAUCGCCUUCUUCCAAUCGCAUCUGGAAAGAUUUGUGGAGCUAUCGUCAAGACCAGACAUUGCAAGAUGCAUAAAACGCCUGGUCUUCGUAGGAGAUGUGUUACCACAGAUGGAUUGGAUUGGCACCUACGAAGGUCUCAUCGAUAUGCGCGCUCCUUGGUCAUCUUUCUCGAAGAAGUACAUUGAGGAAAGGACUACAGUGGAUCCAGCACGUAUGGACAGCCGUCUAUCUUCAGAUGACGAGUACGAUUGCCGUAUGCGAAUAUUGACUGAAAGACAAGAUCUUCGUCAUGCGGCAUAUAAAGAAUAUGACAACAUGCCCAAGCACACCCUCAGUCCUGAACAAGUGCAAUAUCACUUCGAACAGUACGCAGCAUAUCGCCAGCAACAACUAGAAUGGGGUCCGGACGAUCUGUUCCUCGACGCACUAUCACGCCUGCCAAAUCUAACAUCCGUCGAGAACGCAAAGCAUGGCUUCGCUGACAAUCAUCUCCAUUUUCCCUGGAACAGGAUCGAGAAAGACAUUAUCCUCAACCCCAACAACUGGAUGCAGCUUCACGCUGUCGAAGUUGACGACGAAGAGGAAGUACAUGUCGUAGACGUGUUGAAAUAUCCCAUCCACAUGAAGCAUGCGGAUUCUCUUCUAGCUGCAAUCGGACAUCGUGCGACUUCCACAUACGCAUCGCCUAUCCGAACUCUACGCCUUGUCAAUGUUGGUGGACAACCAUUUCUCGACUUGGACGAGCAUUACCGUCCUCCAGAAUAUCAUACGGAGCUUUCAGUUGUGAAUCGCACUAGGGAUGAACUGCCUCAGGAGUUGGUCUCUGCCAAAAUACAGGGGCUGUCCCAUUUGGAAAGACUAGAGCUGGAUGUGAGUUAUUGCGCACCUGCCUCGCAUAAUCCGGAGCUCGGCAAUGCGACGCAGACGUGGCAGACCAAGCAACUCUUCCAAGAGAUCCAUGCUAUCUUAUCGCAAGCAGCACACUCCCUAAAGACCUUGAAACUUCAGUGUCGUGACGACGAAAGCAGCUGGGCUGUCGAGGAGCGGCCUAUGGACCCUGAGGACGACACCAUAGGCCAUCUGUAUAUCCCUACAUUACCACAACUAGAACUCUUACGGCUGAGUUGUAACGCAACCGAGAGAAGUUUGAUCGAGCUCCUACGCGCACAGUCAAAGACACUACGCUGUCUCGAAAUUGUAGACUGCAACCUAAAUGAAGGCACCUGGAACUCUGUGCUCCGUCAAGUGCCAGAAAUCUUCGAGUCCGGCCUCCAACGCAUCUACCUCGAAGGUCUACACGACGAAGACUACCCACAGGAUACAGGCGACGAAGCUUUAUUCGAAGAUGGCUUGGAUGUAGGAGAGNGAGCACAUCCCCACGAUCGCGCGAUUCUCAAGUAUCUGCUGCAUGGUGGGGAGAUGCCCGAAUUGGAUUUCAAUAGUUGGUAUGAGCGUAACCGCGAGCUUGCUGACAGGGGCAUUACUGAGUGGGAGGAUGAGCUACUCGAGUCAGAGGUGCCGUAA